CCCGUCCCGCGCCCGUCGUCGCUGGUGGAGGACAGCCCGAAGAAGCCGCUCACGCUCGCGUGCUUCUUCUGCCGCAAGCGCAAGAUCGCGUGCCAGGCGCCCCCGGCGCGCUCGCCCGACCGGACGUGCAACCAGUGCGCGAAGCGGAAGCUCAAGUGCCAGUACCCGGAGACGUCGCGGCGCGGGAUCCGCCCGCGUAUGUACGACCUCACCGACGAGUCCUUCCGGCGCGCGUCCGACCCCGGGCUCGCGCUGUGA